UCAAUAUAGUGAUGUUCGAGAGGUGGCAAAUAUAAACAUUUGGAAGCAGUAUUGAAUAUGUACAGGACAACGGGAAACGAUGGAACAGCUCAAAUUACUGAUGCCCAAAUUUUGGAUGACAUGAUGAAGAAAAGAUUUGAUCAUGCAAAAAAUCAAACGAGCGAUUAUUCGCAUCUGUUUAGAUCUAAAUCCCGCUGGGAGCUGGUCCGCUUGACAAUGAUCAUCGUGAGCAUCCAGUUCACCUACGCCGCUGAAACGGCAUUUGUGUCACCCAUCUUGUUGAGUAUCGGCCUGCCACACACGCUUAUGACCAUGAUAUGGGCCAUUUCCCCAACACUCGGUUUCUUUUUGGCCCCACUGGUGGCCUCCGUAAGUGACCAGCUGCGAGUUGCCUGGGGCAGAAGGCGCCCUGUACUGCUCGUGUUGGGGAUUAGCUUGAUGCUUGGAUUGGUGAUUUUACCUCACGGACGGACAAUCGGGCUUUGGUUUGGCGACGAAGACAUCCCUCCACAGAAUAUGAGUGGAUUCCGAUGGGGAAUUUUGAUCACAACCGUGGGACUGAUAAUGGCCGAUUUCAGCGUGGAAACAACCAACGGGAUAUCUAGGACCUACUUUUUGGAUAUGUGUAUCAAAGAGGAUCAUCCAACUGUUCUGACCGUAGCUGUAAUGAUUGGAGGAAUCGGUGGUUUCAUCGGGUACAUGCUUGGAGCCAUUGACUGGUCCGACACAGACGUCGGAGAAAUGAUGGGUUCGAAUGAAGCAACUGUCUUUGCGGCAGUUGUAAUUAUUGUUCUUAUUGGAACCACCGUUACCUUAACAAGCUUCCGAGAGGUUCCACUCGAAUUGUUGGAGAAAGAUGAGCUGUUGCGACCCAUCACGAAGGCAGCAUUCGAGGAGGAGAAACGUCGACAGAUGAAUCUCACACAAGCUAGCAGUAUUAUGUCCCUGGAGUCAGAGACCACCGAAAGAGCACAGAUUCAUCGUGAUGAUUGCAACGAACAGCCACUGAAUUUCAAAACGUUUCUGGGGAAUCUCAUGAGGCUGCCGAAAGCUUUGCGAAUUUUAUAUUUUACACAGUUUUUGUCCCAUUUGGGCUACCUCAGCUAUUGUUUGUACUUCACAGACUUUGUCGGCAGGGAAAUAUUUUACGGAGACGCAAUGGCAGACGAAGGUUCGCAAGCCAUGAAGUUAUACCAUGAGGGAGUGCGCUUCGGAAGCCUUGGCAUGGCAAUCUUCAUCCUGAGUGCUGCAAUCUACUCCAUGAUAAUCGAGAGAGUGAUUCGAUUGUUGAGUACUAGAUCAGUGUACAUCGGGGGACUUUUACUGAACUGUAUCGGAAUGAUGUUGAUCGCUGUACAUAAAUCCAAACUAAUGGUUUUCAUAUGCUGCGUAACUAUGGGUAUUGAAUAUGCUACAAUCUACUCUUUGCCAUUUUUGUUAAUUUCUCAUUACCAUCAGAAGCAAUCGUUUGAUGUGGUAGAUGGCCGAUGCGUACAGAGUAGACAGACUCGAGGAUUUGGAGCGGAUAUUUCGAUUCUCAGUAGCAUGUUGUUUCUUGCUCAGGUUAUCUAGUAGACGGACAAGUUGUAACGUGUGUAAAUUAAUUCCUCUAUUUUCAUUUAUUUGUAGAUCAUAAUCUCUCUAUCGAUUGGAAGUGUUAUCGAUGCAUACGGCAGUACAACGAUUGUGGUUUAUUCUGCAAGUCUCUUCUCCUGUUUAGCUGCAUUCUCAGCGACGCAGAUUAUCUACAUGGAUCUCUAGGGAAA